AUGUGGAGAAGCAGGGAGGAUACGGGACAGGCGGUUGCACAGGGCAGGGUCCCGGCGGAAUUGUCCGUGAUGGACGAAAGUGCAAUCGCCUCGGCCAUCCCCUCACCCGCCGUCGCCAAUCUCAAUAUCACCAAAUCUUCCAAGGUCCACAUCGGUCCCAAGUUCGUCUCCGUCACUCAAAAUGUACAAAAUGCUGAAACUCUUAAAGGCCGUUUUCUGGGCCUCGAAUUGGUAUCAACCAAGCAGGCGCGGAGGUUGCGUUGCAGCGUCGCAGUAUUUGUAUGUUGGGCGCUAGUAGUAGCCUCCGCGCUUGUCAUCUAUCUCGUCUAUGUGGCGUUGCCGAAUCAACAAUUUCGUCUUGAUAUAGGUCUAAAUGAAACGUGGUACUUACGUCGGGGUGACUGGCAAGCGAUGGCUCCUUAUGCCAUAAAUUUCUUGCAUCUGCCUGUCCCUAAAGUCAUCAUUGGUCAUUCGGCGGCAAAUUAUUGUAACCAAAGGUACAGAUGCAUAGAACAGAUGCUCAUCAUCCAACAAGACCAUUUAAGACGAGAGCUUGCUGACAUCGGCCCAAAUUUCCUCGUCGGUGGCAACGGGUUUAUUUUUGAGGGUAGAGGUGCUAACGUCCAUGGAGCUAUGGUCGGCUCUUUAAAUUCUAAAGCUAUAUCGAUCAUGUUCAUGGGAAAUUACAUCCACGACCAACCAGACUCGAAGCAAUUUGAACAUCUAAACGUUCUUCUGGACGUUCUGGUCAGAGAGGGAGUUCUGCGACAAGAUUAUACUUUGGUUGGCCAUUGUCAGGUUAAUUUCGAUACGAUCAGUCCUGGUCCUCAUAUAAUGACCCAGUUAGGUCAUUUCUUACAUUGGAAUCGAGCUAAUGCCAGUCGUUGCCUGCCAAGACAACGAAUGUUUGAAAAUGAUUGA